AUGCAUCUCAUUUGCAUAUAUUAUACUGAGUUCGAGCUGCUUUCCCUAAAAGAAGCAAUAAUAAUUUAUUUAGACAGAAGUGGUGGGUUAAGUAAACACAUUGAAGACUGUAAAGUCUUUAAAGGUGCACAGCAGACAGAGGCCGUGUAUCGGUUCAGUUUUGAUGUGAAUCCCUCAGAUGUGCUUGAACUGAACGCCACACUGGGAGACUGUAUACUGCACGACCCUGUCAAAGCCAUUUCACUCUUUCAGUCAGUUUGUUAUCGGUCUAUAAAAACACUGUCACUUAUUGACCACAUACAAACAGAAAACCAGGUUAAUGUUGUUUUAAAGCCAACCCACUUGCCACCUUUUCCCAACUAUUGUUUGGAUCUCUCCGAGUUUCCCCGUGGGUAUGGUCCAAUGAGACCCUUAGCUUUGGAGGGCCUUGUAAUUGCCAUGACACGUGUCACCAAAUACACACAAGGAGCCAGAUUUCUCUGCUCAGAAGAGAAAUGCCCUUGCUCUAAAGGGUUUCAACAUAUCAGAGUUCAUGCACCAGGUGCCACAGAGUCUGCCACAGUUAGGAGCGAUUUUACCUGCUUUCUCUGCUCUUCUCCGCUGAAGGAGGAUGUGAUGUCCCGGGUUUUAGGGGAUAAACAGCUAGUUGAGCUCAUUCAUGUGAGAGCAGUGGAUGUUUUAGGAGUUCAUGAUGCUGAUUCCUUAAGAUAUCAGUCUGUCACCCUUUUUCUAAGAGAUGAACUGUGUAACUCCAUGAGAAUCGGCCAUCUGUACCGAGUUGUGGGGAUUCCAGCUCAUGUACACCAGUGGCCCAAUGUAACCUGGAGCGUAGAGGCUUGCAGCAUCCGCCCGUGGACCCCCAAAUGCCCCUGUCUGGUUAGCAACAACUUCCAGUACCUUCAGACAGCCUCGGCCUGUUCCCCAUGGAAGUUUGCUGCCAUUGUAGCCAACUCAUUUGGUUCCCCGGUGAUCCCACCUGGAAUUCACAACACAUUAAAACUGGGGCUUCUUCUUAGCUUGGUGCAAACUGAAGAUAACCCAGACUCUCCCAACCACCUGGAUGUGCUUGCUCUUACCAGUGACACUCUAAUCAUUGACAGGUUGAUGAGAUAUAGCCUGCCAUUGGCCUCGCGUGGCAUUCAUCAUGCGCUUACAGGAGAGCUGUUGGCAUCUCUAUCUAGAGAUGAACAUGGAGCCGGUACCGCCAACAUCCAUGCAGGUUCAGCUUUGCUGGCAUCUGGAGGUGUCUGUCUGUUGGGAGAUCUCACAUGCUACAAGAAAGACAAGAUGGACAUGCUUCAGUCUGCUCUCGAAUGCAGAACCGUGUCUGUUUGCAUUCCUGGCAAGAAAUAUGGUGAUGAUAUGGACCAGCACCUCUCCUUCCCAGUCCAGUGCAACUUUUGGGCCCUAGCUGAUGCUGCUUCCCCCUCCAAGAGGACAGCCAGAUGUGAUAAUGUGGUGCUGGAAUCUUAUUUAUAG